AUGGAGCGUUUUGGUGGUGGCCGCAGGAGCGGGCUUGUGCUGGCACUGGUAGCCCUGGUGCUGGUGUGCUGCUUCUCAAGUGGGCUUGGUGCGUCAAUCAAGAUCAACAACGACAACGUUGGAAAAUUCCUGCGGCCCUUCGCCUCCGCGACCAACGUCACUGAGUUGGGCAAGGAGAUGCUCGCCAUCAUGAACACCACCGUCGAUCCGUGCACUGACUUCUACGAGUACUCGUGCGGGAGCUGGCUGUCCUCCUUCCCGCUGCCCUCGGACGCCUCCCGCUUUGCGCUCGCCACUGACUCGGUGAACAAGAAGAAUCUUCUGACCCUCCAGAAGAUCGUGGCGGAUCCUUCUGGCGAGUGGCCCGUGAUUGGUCCGUUCUACAACUCGUGCAUGAACAUGGACCUGAGGGACGAACUCGACUACACCGCCUUGGAGGAGCUGCUGUCGGAGCUGGAUGGAAUCACAUCGGUUGAAGGCCUGAUGGUCGCUGUGGGCGUACUGCACAACGUGGGCGUUCCUGCGCUCUUCUCCAUCGGGUAA